AUGUCCGACUAUUCCGGCCCCGGCACUUACACGAUCCACCCUAAGCAUGCUCCCAACAUGAGCUUGGAUGUCUGGGGCGGUGCCACUUCUGCCGGUACCCCCCUCAAACUCUACGAGCGUGUUCCAGGUGCUAAGAACCACCAGUUCGCGAUCGUGGCAGCUGGAGGCACUCAGGGAAAGCCCGAGACGGGUGAUCGCGAGUAUCUCAUCAUCGCGGUGAAUUCUGGGCUUUACGUCACGACUGAACUCCGCUCGCCUCUCGAUCCAAGUAUUCGCUGGAAGCUACGUCACACAGGAAACGGAUGUUUCUACAUAGACAAUGUCGGCACUGCUAAACAGCUCAACGUGCGUGGAUCUGGACAGGGAAAUGGCACGGAGAUUAUCACAUAUGCGCCUUUUGAAGCCGAGAACUCUCAAUUCCUGCUCAAGGCCAUCUGA